AUGCCACUGGUGUUCGUCUGGUGGAAGCUCAAGGCGUGGCUGUCCCGAUUGCCCCGCAGGGUGUCCGAGUUCAGCUGCCACAUCUCCGGGUGCUGCCAGGUGUUUGACACACUGGAGGGCUACGAGCACCACUACAACAGCCUGCACAGGAACGUCUGCUCCUUCUGCAAGCGCUCCUUUCCCUCAGGGAACCUCCUGGAUAUCCACAUCCUGGAGUGGCACGACUCGCUCUUCCAGGUCAUGGCCGAGAAGCAGAACAUGUACAAGUGUUUGGUGGAAGGCUGCCCGGAGAAGUUCAAGAGCAGCAAGGACAGGAAGGAUCACUUGGUGACUGUGCACCUUUACCCUGCUGACUUUCGGUUUGAUAGACCCAAGAAAGUGAAAAGUGUCCCCAAGCACACGAGCUGUCCCGCGGAGCAGGGCCCCAGCGUGCCCAUGGAGGUGAGCGUGGAGACGGCGGAGCAAUUCCAGCUGGACCCCAUGGAAACAGGGCCUGGUGAGGACAUGGAGAUCCCUCAGCCUGCAGCCAGCCCUGCCCCCUCGCUGCCAGAGAAACGGCUCUACAGAUCCAGGAUCCCAUCCACAAUUUGCUUUGGUCAAGGUGCCACCCGAGGAUUUAAAGGACCAAGGAAGAAAGUCUGAAGGAAAAAACCAGAUUCAAGAAAUUCCAAGACAAAAUCUGCUGACUGCAUGGAAGCUGUGAAAAAA